AUGCACUGGGUGAACAGAACGACUAUUCAAUUGCCUAAGCGUAUGGGAGGUCUUGGUAUUCGAGGUACUUCAACACUUAACAACGCACUCUUAUUUAAACAAGCAACGAGAAUGCAUUUACAUCCACAGCUUCUCCUCUCUAGAGUUCACAGAGGUUUUCAACCCUGUGGGAUAUGCAAUUUGGCUAGUUCUUAUGAGAGAAAAGGUUAUCGUUCGAUGGGAAGUUCUAGUUUGCAAAAAGUGACUGAGUCAUUCAAGAAUGGGUUUGCCUGGAAAGUUGGCAACAGGGAAAAAAUUAAGGCUAUUAGCAUGCCUUGGGUCAAUGAUGAGAUUCCAGUUGCAAAUUCAAGCCAAACUCUAAGAGGGUCUUUGGGAUGGAAGGUCAGUGAUUUCAUUGACAAAGAGUCAGCUGCGUGGAAAGUGGGGAAAGUUAGAGAAUGUUUUGAAUGGGAUAGUGCGAGAUCGAUUUUGGCAAUGGAGCUCCCCUGCGCCAUGGAAGAUGACUUCCUAUACUGGAAACACCACCCGUCAGGAAGGUUUACUGUUAAGACUGGCUAUUACUUCCUGGAAAAGGAACAAGGAGCGGGGCAUAGGGCUCUUUCGGGUGAGGAGGAAAGAUUUGUAAAGCUCAUAUGGAGCAUGCAUAUCCAACCUAAAUGGAAGAUUUUUCUGUGGAAGCUUUUUCAUGAUAGUAUUGCAGUAAAAGGAAAUCUGGUUAGAAGGGGCUUACAAAUUGAGGAGUUUUGUGAUUUUUGUGGAAUGGAAGAGGAGGACAAUUCAAUUCACUUCGAAUGUGGAUUCAGCACUAUAUCCUGCCGCUAUAACAAGGAUGGUAAGUAUGGUACCCGUAGCAUCAAUUUUAUUGCUACUUUGUGGGGACUAUGGAAAGCAAGGAAUGAAAGGAGCUUCAAUGAGGUAAACGGGGGAGCAAGCCUUGUCACCGAAUAUAUCAAUUUGGCAAUUCAAGACCAUCAAACUUUCUGCCAAAAUGAUGAGUAUAAUAAUGAUGCCAUAAUUGAGUCAAGGGAUGACCCUCACCUACCCCCAGGAUUCAACUCAGUUCAGUUGGGGAAGGAAAGGAGUGGUUAUGAUAGUUUCAUCGUAAGUGUGGAUGGGUCGUGGGAUAAGAAAACAACAAGGGCUGGGAUUGGUUGGGCAAUCAUAAGGGGUAACCAAGGAAAUGAAACUAGUGAGGGGGGUAAAUUUGGAGUGGCGGCGUCGACCCUUCAUUGUGAAGCAUGGGCUUGCUUAGAAUCUAUGAAAUGGGCAAAGGAGGAAGGUAAGCAAGGGAUUCUCAUUAUUUCGGACUCAAUUGUGCUUAUCAACAAUAUUCAAGAAGGUGUAGGUAAGGAUGUCUCAAUUGCUUGGAUAAUAAAGGAAAUUAAGAAAGUGGGUGCAUCUUUUCAAAGGUGCACAAUUCUUAAAGUUCAAAGGGACCAAGUGAGAAGGGCGGAUUUCAUAGCUAGGAAGUGCCGUAUGACCCUUUCGAAUUAUGUGUAA